AUAUAGGCAUGGCCAAUUAUGCAAAGUGAGUGAUGACGUCAUUUAGCUAUUUUUAGGACAGCCAAUAGCGACUUUCCUUACUGAGCAGUUAACAACAGUGAAUCCAACGAGGAACAGGAGGACUGAGCGACAAACUGCUAAUGCUGCUAGCAGGAGAAACACUCAACAUGGCAACACCGGUGUCUGUGCUCCGCCUGCCAAAAGGACCCGAUCCCAACAGCCGAGGAUUUGAUCCCAAAUCUCCCCGCUUCAUCGCCCUCUGUCGCACAUCCAUCCCCACUUCUGCUGCGUCAGAGGCAGAUCCCGAGCAGCUGCAGCGAGAGCAGCAUGCAAGAUCUGUGCUGAGGGAGAGUUUCCUCCGAUGUCUCCUCUCCAUGAACAGCAAGAAGGUUCAGUUUCACAUGCAUGAGAAGGUGAAGGUGGAGGCCACGUUCGGAGCAUCUGACAUCGAUGUGCUGAACUUUCAGGUGUCAGACCUUCACACUCCCAUUGGGGUGCAAAAAGAGGCACUGAUCAGGUGUCAGGAUGUGAUUUCAUUCACUUUUGAUCUAUGAACACCUGGGACUUGUUGUUUGGGAUAAGCAGCACUUUGAGUCUCAUUUGUUGUUGUUGCAAGUGAGUUCUAAUUUCAAUACUGAAAAAGUUUGUACGUUGCUGUUUCCAGUCCUGUUAGCACUGUGUGACUGUAGUCAACGAUCCAAUUCUGACAAGCAGUCCUCAUUUUCAGCACUAGAGGGAGCUGUAUGCCUGUGUUUUAAGAGCGAUGCAAAACCCUGAGAAGAGGGUUGUUCAGGUCUGCAGUGGAAUUGGUUGAUACCAUUGAAAGAAUUUUGACCAAAAAAGUAUAGCUGUGAUGAUAAUCUGCAGAUGAUCACUCAUGCUUUGAGAAUAUGUAUGCUGUCAAGAAAAUCCUUAAAUGUAGAGGCAUUCCCUGUUUGUUUUCCUUCUGCUGUUACAGCCUGAUUAGUUCUGAAAGGCAUGUUAAAGUCCAUGAAGUCAAAUUUAUCAUUAUAUCUACAUGCUCUACUCCAUGAGGCAAAAAGAGGUACCAUCUGUUCUGCUGCUUGAUUUAAUUGUUCAAGUGAAGAGAGUGAAAUGUUGCACUUAAAAUGUUGUUUUUGGUUAACUGCUUUUGUAAUUGAAUGUUUAUUUUGUAUUCUGUUUACAAAAAUUAUGACUUUGUUACAAAUAAACUAAAGUUGUUUUUUUUGCAAAUAAGACCUGAAAAGAUUUAUUUCAGAUAAAUACUGAUGUUGCUAAGAAAAGAAGGUUAAUUGAUGUGUGUUACCUCGACAUUACUACAUCCAUCAAAUCUUUAUCAUAUAUUACAUUAUCAUUUGAAAAACAGUAUUACUAUAUUUCAUUAGUGUUUUUUGUAGCUGUGGUUGCUUUCUGUUUCUUUGUAGUAGUUUCGUCUCUAGUCAUAGUUAUGUCUGUGUAUUCGUCUUGUGUCCAUGUGUCAGUUUUUGUCUGAGGUCGUUUUGUUACUCUUUGUAAUUGUUUUGUGUCUCUGUGUGGUAAUUUUGCAUCUU